UGUAAGGUCUAACUUUACUUAGCUUUAAAAAGCUAUCCGUUUUGAUCAGGCACACAAAAUUCCAUUGACUGGGAGAGGCUUUAUUUUCCAUUUGUGUUUACUUUUUUUUAGGUAAAGCAGUUGAAAUAGUUCCUGAUUAUUGCUCACCAAUUGUAUUUCGGAGAAACAUUAAUUUGUUAAAUGCAGCUGCAUUUAAUAUAUAAUCGGACUUGAGUAAAUUGAGUCAAGUUAUUAAUUUGAGCAGUUUUGUUUGACAUUUAUCUCCGGCUACGUUAUUUUGUUGGGUUUUUUGUUUUUUAAAUAUGUCGCAAGUUGUCAAAGAAAGGCCUGCCCAAUCCCGAUGUGAUGACUUCAAAAUGAUGGGUGUUAGAAAAGGCCGGUCAUUCCUGAAGCCGUUGAUACGACCUGUCGAGAGAUGCCAGACUCGGCAGCUGAUCAAUGGAAUGGUAGUACAAUUAUUGCAUCCUUCAUUGUUUACGUUUCUUCGCCGCUAUUUUAAUUUUUAUCAAUUGUACUAUCAAUAUGACGAAGACACAUUUAUUGUAAGGUUGCAGCGAUUCUUUGUCAUUAUAACACGUUUUUUUUUUUUUAAAUGUGAGCACAUUUAUGAGAGCUAAUGACAAAACUGAUAUAAUGAUAUUCAGACACCCCCCCCCCUCAUAUGACGUCUAACGUUUUGUACUCAUAAAGUGAAAAACUAUGCUUCAUAAACUCUUUCAAUUGUACUGAGAUGUUUUACGACAUUAAAACUUAUCUCGGCACGGAUCGAAUAUGGGAAGGAAAACUUUUUUUUUUUUUUUUGUGUUGCUUUCUAGACCUUACUGUAAGUUCUGAAUGUAUUUAUCUGGAUAGGAUUUGCCUGUUUGAAUAAUAUAAGCAACAGCAAUUUUUUAAAAUAAAAUGGCAUAAUGAUUGAUUUUGCUUUAUGUUGAUGACCAGAUGGAGGUUCGACCCGACGGUCAAAUGGCAAAGCACCUAACACACUUGAAGUUCGAUACAACGGUGAUAGGAAAUGGGCUUCUCAGCGUUGCGGGGGAAGAUCGGGAACCAGAAACAAAAUUUGGAAUUCAAAAGACCCCAAAAGUAUACGCCACUGAUUUCAUGUGUCCGCUGUUGUAGCGCUUGAUUGCGUUCAUCCGCUGUUGUGGCAGCUGAUGUCACGUCGCCGCUGUUGUGGCAGUUGAUGUCACGUCUCCGCCGUUGUGGCAGUUGAUGUCAUGUCGUCGCUGUUGUGGCAGCUGAUGUCACGUCUCCACUGUUGUGGCAGUUGAUGUCACGUCUCUGCUGUUGUGGCGGCUGAUGUCAUCUCUCCGCAGAUGUGACAGCUGAUGUCAUAAACAAUAUAAAUGCAAUUAAAUAUUUAAAACCACAUGAAGAGGAAGCAACAAACUUUUGUUUUAAGGCAAGGGAAGUAACAGUAAACGUAACUAAAUAUUGGUAAACAUUACGAUUUCUGUGAUCUUUAUUGUGUUAUUGAUAGUUGUGAUCUUUAUUUUUUUAUUGAUAGUUGUGAUCUUUAUUGUGUUAUUGGUAGAUAUGAUCUUUAUUGUGUUAUUGAUAUGUGUGAUAUUUAUUGUGCUAUUGAUGGUUGUGAUCUUUAUUGUGUUAUUGAUGUGUGUGAUCUUUAUUGUGUUAUUGAUAGCUGUGAUCUUUAUUUUGUUAUUGAUAUUUGUGAUCUUUAUUGUGUAAUUGAUAGUUGUGAUCUUUAUUGUGUUA